AUAUGCGGUGUUGGUAGAGACGAAAUUGGAAAGUUAAUAAGCUUGGUCAUUCGAUUUUGGGUUUUCGCUUUCCAGUCGAUCUCACAGCACGCUUUUUCUCUUUGACAUUUAAUCAAACAAAUCACAAAAUUCUUCUCUCCAAAUAUCAAUUCCAUAAAUCUAUCUCUCAUGCGAUUCAAUCCAAAACCCUAAAAAUAUGUACAGCAACUUCAAAGAACAAGCAAUCGAGUACGUCAAACAAGCCGUGAAUGAAGAUCAUGCAGGAAAUUACGCUAAAGCCUUCCCUCUUUACAUGAACGCUUUAGAGUACUUCAAGACCCAUUUGAAGUACGAGAAGAAUCCCAAGAUUAAAGAAGCUAUUACCCAGAAAUUUACCGAAUAUCUCCGUCGAGCCGAGGAGAUCCGUGCCGUAUUGGACGAUGGUGGGCCUGGUCCGGCCCAGAACGGUGACGCUGCUGUGGCCACCCGCCCUAAGACCAAGCCCAAGGAUGGUGGUGGCGAAGGGGGCGAUGGGGAGGAUCCCGAGCAGGCCAAGCUGCGUGCCGGGUUGAAUUCUGCUAUUAUCAGAGAGAAGCCGAACGUCAAAUGGAACGAUGUGGCGGGUCUCGAGAGCGCCAAGCAGGCUUUGCAGGAGGCUGUUAUUUUGCCUGUUAAAUUUCCUCAGUUUUUUACAGGCAAGAGACGGCCAUGGAGAGCUUUUUUAUUGUAUGGGCCACCUGGAACUGGGAAAUCAUAUCUGGCCAAGGCUGUUGCUACUGAAGCUGAUUCUACAUUUUUCAGUGUUUCUUCUUCAGACUUGGUGUCAAAGUGGAUGGGUGAAAGUGAAAAGCUUGUUUCAAGCCUUUUCCAGAUGGCUCGUGAAAGUGCUCCUUCUAUUAUCUUUAUUGAUGAGAUAGAUUCAUUAUGUGGACAGCGCGGUGAAGGAAAUGAGAGCGAAGCAUCUAGACGUAUCAAAACCGAACUUCUUGUGCAGAUGCAGGGUGUCGGACACAAUGAUCAGAAAGUCCUUGUUCUUGCAGCAACAAAUACUCCCUAUGCCCUAGAUCAGGCCAUCAGGCGGCGUUUUGACAAGCGCAUAUAUAUCCCACUUCCAGAUUUAAAGGCACGACAACACAUGUUUAAAGUGCAUCUAGGAGACACUCCACAUAACUUGACUGAAAGUGACUUUGAAAGUUUAGCCCGCAAAACUGAGGGGUUUUCGGGUUCAGAUAUUUCUGUUUGUGUUAAGGAUGUCCUCUUUGAACCUGUCCGGAAAACUCAGGAUGCCAUGUUUUUCUUUCAAACUCCUAAUGGUAUGUGGAUGCCAUGUGGGCCAAAGCAGCAAGGUGCUGUACAAAUUACCAUGCAGGAGCUGGCAGGACAAGGACUUGCAGGAAAGAUACUUCCUCCUCCCAUCUCAAAAACAGAUUUUGACAAGGUACUUGCAAGACAGAGGCCAACAGUGAGCAAGGCUGAUCUUGAAGUUCAUGAGAGAUUUACAAGGGAGUUCGGAGAGGAAGGUUAAUGAGAUGAAGCAAAAGACAUUGAGCCACACUAGUGAGUGCAACCACUAUGAUUGUAUUUUUAUUUAUCACUUAUGGAGCCAAUGAUUUACUUAAAAUGGGGAAGAUGAUUUGACUUCCCUUUUUCUGUAUUUGGAUGAAAAAACUAGAAUUUGAUACUUGUUAACUGUGAUUUCAAAUUGUGUAAAAAAUAGUUCCGAAAUCACUGCCUAUAGUGAACGAGAUGCAUAUAUUGCUGGUUGUGUCAA